AUGGUGAUUUGGUGGGUAGUUGUUGCCGGACUCGUCGUCCUCGGCAUUUACCAACUAUUCAAUCGCAGAGAUCCAGUUUAUCAGCUCGCGACCUCUGAUUUUCACCAAUACAUAACGCGCGGUUCAUCCCUGUUUGAAGGAUAUCUGGUCUUAGAUGAAGAAUGGGUUGAAGGACAGUUCAAUCAAAACAUACUCAAUGAAAUCCGCACCGAAAUUCUGCGGAGCGUGGAUCCUGAAGCGCAAGAAACCCAUCUUCCGCCAAGAUGGCAAGGCGAAUUUAGAGCAAGCCGCGAUACGAUCGAUGAUUAUGACAUCCAAGCGAAACUUGACGAGUUUGGCAUUCACUAUAACGUCAAGCCACCAUCUAAAUUCCCGCAAGGUUUGCUUAUUUUUGGGACAACGGUUGUACCGCUGCUUAUUUUCUUAGGUUUGAUGAUUUUCCUGUCGCGUCAGAUGCAAGGCAGCGGGAAUCGAGCCCUAUCUUUUGGCAAAAGCCGUGCCAAACUCCACUCCGAAAACCAAACGAAAGUGACAUUUGAAGAUGUCGCUGGGGUCGAUGAAGCGAAAGAAGCACUUGAAGAAGUCAUCGAAUUUCUGAAGGCACCCAAAAAAUUUGAACGACUCGGGGGUAAAAUUCCUAAAGGGGUCCUCCUCAUGGGACCGCCCGGUACCGGAAAGACAAUGCUUGCCCAAGCUGUUGCGGGUGAAGCAGACGUGCCGUUCUAUAGCAUUAGCGGUUCCGAUUUCGUCGAAAUGUUCGUGGGUGUAGGCGCAUCCCGUGUCAGGGACCUGUUCGAAACUGGAAAGAAGAACGCACCCUGUAUUAUUUUUAUUGAUGAAUUAGAUGCUGUUGGUAGACACCGUGGCGCGGGUAUCGGGGGUGGACACGAUGAACGUGAACAAACCUUAAACCAACUUCUCGUUGAGAUGCAGGGGUUUGAAGCAUCUGAAGGCGUAAUACUCAUUGCGGCAACGAACCGGCCUGACGUUUUAGAUCCAGCACUCCUUCGUCCGGGCAGAUUUGACCGGCAGAUAGUUGUCGAUCUUCCCGAUGUACGCGGCAGGGAAGCAAUACUUAAUGUCCAUACAAAACACCCUUAUAAAAUCGCUGAAAACGUCAAAUUGGGAAUCUUAGCAAAGGCAACACCAGGCUUCUCCGGUGCAGACCUUGAGAAUAUGGCAAACGAAGCAGCACUAUUUGCCGCAAGGUGUGACAAAGACGAAAUUGACAUGAUGUGCUUUGACGAAGCGAAAGACCGCGUGCUUAUGGGUCCUGAACGGCGCAGCCUUGUCAUAAGCGAUGAAGAAAGGCGAGUUACGGCUUAUCACGAAGCUGGACACGCACUCAUGUUACACUUUGUACCAGAAAGUGAUCCAAACUACAAGUGUACUAUUGUUCCACGCGGUAGAGCUCUCGGUGUGACAGCUAAGCUCCCUCUUGAAGAGCGACAUAAUAUGAGCAAAAACCAUCUACUCGCCCAUAUCAUUUUUGCACUUGGAGGCAGAGUUGCUGAAGAGAUUAUAUUUGGAGAACAGACGACCGGUGCACAAAACGAUUUUGAGCAAGCGACGAGCCUCGCACGCCGAAUGGUUACACAGUGGGGUAUGAGCCACAUGGGACCUCUCACUUACGGUAAACGCGAUGAACAGGUCUUCCUCGGUAAAGAAUUGAGUAACCAUCAGGAUUAUAGUGAAAAAACUGCCGUUGAAAUCGACAAGGCGGUCCAUGAUAUUGUAACAGAGUGCUAUAAUAAGGCACGAGAAAUCUUGGAAACGAAUCUUGAGGGAUUAAAGUUGCUUGCGGAUGCAUUAUUAGAACGGGAAACGCUUGUUACCGAAGAUAUUGAUGAGAUUCUCGGACCCCGGCCACAACUGCCCGUAAAACCUAUCGUAUGA